AUGGCCAUAAAGAAUCACACUUUGGUAACAGAAUUCAUCCUGUUGGGCAUCCCACAUACACAGGGACAGGAAACUGUGCUCUUUGUUGUGUUUCUGAUUUUCUACCUCUGCACUCUGCUAGGAAAUCUGCUCAUCCUGUUAGCUGUGCUGUCGGAUUCCCGUCUCCAUACACCUAUGUAUUUCUUUCUCUGUAACCUGUCAGUGCUGGAUAUUGGUUUUUCUUCUGUGAGCACGCCGAAGAUGUUGGCGAAUCUCCUAGUGAGGAGCCGAGUCAUCUCUCUGGGAGGCUGUAUGGCCCAGGUCUUUUUCUAUCACUUUUUAGGCAGCACUGAAUGCCUGCUCUAUACGGUGAUGGCCUACGACCGGUUUGCUGCCAUCUGCCACCCUCUUCGCUACACCAUCAUUAUGAACCGCCGCGUGUGCUCGUUGUUGGCUGCCGGUACCUGGAUUACCAGUUCUUUUCACGCCACCAUUCUGACGACGCUGACCUUCCAACUGCCAUACUGUGGGUCUCAUGAAGUGGACUAUUUUUUCUGUGACAUCUUCCCGGUAGUCAAAUUGGCCUGUGGAAACACCCUUAUCAUUGAGACUGUGAGCUUCACCAACAUCGGCCUUGUGCCCAUGACCUGCUUCCUUCUUAUCCUUGCCUCCUACAUUCGAAUUGUCAUUGCAAUUCUCAGGAUGCACUCCGCGGAAGGGAGGCGCAAGGCGGCAUCUACCUGUGUCUCCCACCUUUCAGUGGUCACACUGUUCUUUGGUCCCUGUGCCCUCAUCUAUACGCAGCCAUCCCUGAGUGAGGUGCUGGUAACUCCCGUGCAGAUCUUUGGCAAUGUCGUGACCCCCAUGCUGAAUCCCACAAUCUAUACUCUGAGAAAUAAAGAUGUCAAGGGGGCUCUGAAGAAAUUGGCUGGAGGCCAGAUUGUUUCAGAAGGAAGCCACUAG